GCACGAAGCGAUGGAAAGUAUCAUUUUGAUGCGGAAACGGGAAGAUGUUUACCAUUUAAAUACACAGGAUGUGGGGGAAAUGCGAACAAUUUCGAUUCCAAAUCCGACUGCUACCUCGAAUGUGCGCUAAGUAAUUGUCCAGUAAAUUCGCCUCCCACCCUCAGACCCGAUGGUAGUGCUUAUUGCGAUAGGGAAGAAAGAAAGUGUCCUGAAGGUUCAUAUUGCAAAUAUGGAGAUAUGUAUGGCAUCUGUUGCGAUAUCAAAAUCCGAGGUGAGUACCAAUGCAGUAGGAAGGACCUAUGUCCUUUUGGGAGAGAAAGGGAACUUUUUCAGAAAAAUAUAAUAUCUCUCAGUUGCUUUGAUCCUUCGAAUAGCACCAUCCUUGGGAAGUCUUGUGACCACCAGUUCUGUCCGCUAGGGGCCGAAUGUCAUCGUGGCACAUAUUUCGCCUAUUGCUGUCAGUAG